CGCUCCAUUUAUCAUCAUCAGUUCAACUGGAUCAGUAGUUCAGUCAGUUCAGUUCGCAGUGGUUCAGCUGGUUGAACCGGUCGGCGGUUUGGCGUUUUGGCAAUUUGAAGCAACGGAGAGAGCGGACAAGGGCUUACGCAUAAUUAAUUAUCUGUCGCCGACUUUCUCUUCUACACCGGAAACAUGUCUAUGGAUCCCAUCGACGCCACGCAAGGCAUGCCGAUCUACUGCAAGGCAGCUGUUGCCUGGGAACCCUCGGAGCCCCUAAAAAUCGAGACUGUCGAAGUAGACGUACCGAAGCAGGGCGAAGUCCGGAUUAAGGUCCUGCACACGGGCGUCUGCCAUACCGAUGCUACGACCCUAGAUGGCCUUGACCCUGAGGGGGUGUUUCCCUGCAUCCUGGGCCACGAGGGUGCCGGCAUCGUUGAGAGCAUUGGCCCCAAUGUCACCAAGUUUCAGCCGGGAGACCAUGUGAUCCCUCUGUACAUACCCCAGUGCAAGGACUGCAAAUUUUGCAAGCAUCCCCGCACAAACCUCUGCUCAAAAAUCAGGAGCACCCAGGGCCGUGGACUCAUGCCUGACGGAACGACGCGCUUCACCUGUCAGGGCCGCAAGAUCUUCCACUUCAUGGGCGUGAGCACCUUCAGCGAAUACACCGUGGUUGCCGAAAUAUCGCUCUGCAAGAUAAACCCGUCUGCACCCUUAGACAAGGUUUGCCUCCUGGGCUGUGCCGUGUCCACCGGCUACGGGGCGGCCUUGAAUGUCGUCAAGCUCACCAAGGACAGCACGGUGGCCAUCUGGGGCCUCGGAGCUGUGGGCCUGGCGGUGGCCAUGGGCGCCAAGGAGCGCGGCUGCAAGACCAUCAUCGGCAUCGACAUCAACCCGAGCAAGUUCUCCAAGGCUGAGGAGUUUGGCUGCACCGAGUGUUUGAACCCAAACAACCUGCAACUGCCUCUGGUUCAGCACCUGACCGAAAAGACGGACGGCGGCCUUGACUUCACCUUCGAGUGCAUCGGAAACGUCGGAACCAUGAGGGCUGCCCUGGAGUCGUGUCACAAGGGCUGGGGGGAGUCCGUGAUCCUCGGAGUGGCUGGCACCGGCCAGGAGAUCUCGACCCGCCCCUUCCAGCUGGUCACGGGACGCGUGUGGCGUGGCUGCGCUUUCGGAGGCUGGAAGAGUGUGGACCAGGUUCCCCAGCUUGUGGAGCUGUACCUGAAGGGCACGAUCAAACUGGACGAGUUCAUCACCCACAGGCUGCCCAUAGACAAGAUCAACGACGCCUUCACCCUCAUGCAGUGUGGCACCUGCAUUCGCACUGUGGUGAAUUUCUGAGGGCUCCCACGAAAACAAGCGUCGACUAUUUUUGUUGCCAGUUGUUCAGAGUGGCCUAUAUUUUGAAUAUAUACUGAAAUAAACAAUUUACCCAUUU